GCGGCCGGGAACGGGCGGUGGGGAGCGGGCGGAGCUGGCCCUGCCUCUGCCUGGCCGGCGCCGCAGUCGGCGCGGGCCGCGCCCGCCGCCGUAAACUGCCCUGAGCGCCUGCUCAGGCCGAGGGAGAAGUCGGGGCCUGCACCUGGAGGGAGCCUGCCGCGCUGGCCCCGAGGAGGGGGCGUUGCCAUGGCGACAGCCUCUCCCGCUGCUGACGGGGGGCGGGGGCGGCCCUGGGAAGGAGGGCUGGUCUCCUGGCCCCCUGCUCCUCCCCUUACAAUCCCCUGGACUUGGAUGGGCCCGAGUUGGGGGCAACACCCCGGGCAUUGGGGCUUUCCAGCUCUCACAGAACCUUCAGCAUCCCCAGCGGCCAGUCUUGGCAUCUUCGAAGUAAGGAGAGUUUUAGAUGCUUCUGGAUGUUCAAUGCUAGCACCUUUACAGACUGGAGCAGCUCGAUUUUCUUCAUAUUUACUUUCAAGAGCAAGAAAAGUGCUGGGCUCCCACUUAUUUUCUCCCUGUGGUGUUCCGGAGUUCUGCUCCAUAUCCACCAGAAAGCUGGCGGCCCACAACUUUGGCGCAUCCAUGGCGGCAAUGAUGUCCUUCCCUCCCCAGAGGUAUCACUACUUUUUAGUGCUGGACUUUGAGGCCACGUGUGACAAGCCGCAGAUUCAUCCUCAGGAAAUCAUCGAGUUCCCCAUCCUGAAGCUAAAUGGCCGGACCAUGGAGAUUGAGUCUACCUUUCACAUGUAUGUCCAGCCCGUAGUCCAUCCACAGCUUACUCCUUUCUGUACAGAGCUCACCGGGAUUAUUCAAGCCAUGGUGGAUGGUCAGCCAAGCCUGCAGCAAGUGCUGGAGAGGGUCGAUGAGUGGAUGGCGAAGGAAGGCCUCUUAGAUCCAAACGUCAAGUCAAUUUUUGUCACCUGUGGAGACUGGGACUUAAAAGUCAUGCUCCCGGGCCAGUGCCAGUACUUGGGCUUGCCAGUGGCAGAUUACUUCAAGCAGUGGAUUAAUCUGAAAAAGGCUUACAGCUUCGCCAUGGGCUGCUGGCCCAAGAAUGGACUUCUAGACAUGAACAAGGGCCUCAGCCUGCAGCACAUAGGCCGGCCCCACAGCGGCAUCGAUGACUGCAAGAACAUCGCCAACAUCAUGAAGACACUCGCAUACCGAGGCUUCAUCUUCAAGCAGACAUCAAAGCCGUUCUGACUGGCCGAGGAUGGGAUGGGGCAGGACAGGGUAGCUGCUUGGCCCAGCCCAAAACCCUCCUCUCCCUCACCAGAGGGGCAAAGGGAGAGUGGCACAGCUCUACGUCCAGAGUGUCCCCCAGCCCGCCCUGUGGGCUUGUGUCCUGGGUAAGGCUUGGCCACUUGGCCCCUCUGGAACAGACACUUUGUGCCCCCUACCCCCUCCCCUCAACCUCAGCCCAGUAUCAGGCCCUCCCAUUGUGGGCCUGGGCUGGGGGACCUCAUCCUCACUGUCUCCUCCCAGUACAGGCUUCUUGCUGGGGCCACCAAGCCCCCCUGUGCCCCCUCCAAUCUGUAGUGCAUGGUGUGUGGUGCCCCCAGGGCUCCAGGACAGAUCAGGCCCCACCUUGUGUCUACCCCCAUCCCCGCUGUGAACGUGCCACUGAAUAAAGUCGGGGAAACGAG